GCUCGGGACUUUUCGGUAGCCUUGUUCGUGGGAGAGGCGCCGAGCUCUGUGUCUAACCGAGAACGACUUCAUUCCGCCGGAUCGCUUCACCUGGAGAGCGCGAGGAGUGUGGAGCACACACACUCUCACACACUCACACACACUCACACACACACUGCAGGUGAGUUUGACCCUCUGUACAUCGAGGUUUCACCCAGAGUCCGGACUGAAUCAGUAAGUUUGGGAGGUUUUGCUGGAAUUAGAGUCAGUGCUGUAGGAGAAAGUUCAGAGCGCCAGCGUUGUGUUUCUCAUACCUGCUGUACUUCUCUACAGAAACCCUGUGUGUGUGUGUGUGUGUGUGUGUGUGUGUGUGUGUGUGUGUGUUGGCUUGUUGUUUAUGUUAUUUAAGAAACAGUGUUACUGCUUGCUUAUUGAAGUUGAGAGUUUGCUGACUUUGGGUUACUGUGUUACAGGUUUGUACACAUGGGGUGGCAAAGGAGGGGCAAACUCACAUUCAGGGGUGGCACCAUUUACACCACUUACACCACUUAAUCACGUUAAAGAGACAAACGUGUAGCCCAUAGGACAAGGUCACGUGUGUAGAGCAUCUGAUUUACCGCAGGAUGACUUCACAGCAGUGCUUUCAGAGUUCCUCAUGUGUAGUUCCUCAUUCUGAAGGGAUUUGUAAAUACUCACACCAGCGCGCAUUUAAAUAAACACCAGUGUGAUGUAAUUAGUUACAGAUGUCCAGUGCUGUGCUGACCACCGCAGCGGUGCAGGACGACUCCGCGUUCAUGCUAGCAAUCGUUCGAUUUCUGCGUAACUGCACAAAGAUUUUAACAACAAAAGCGACUUUUCAUUUCUUACUGGAACUGAAACAAUGCUGAACAGGCCACGCCCACAAGCGACAACGUAGACAGUGAGUGACGUGUUACAAUUACAAUUCUUAUUCGAUUGAAAAUUCAUACAAAGUCUUAGAAAUGAAGUUGUAAUAAAAAUUCGCCACUAGCUCCGCCCCUAAUCCUAACCGUAAACUUCGUAACUUUUUAGACGACUUCAGUUGUGUAAUUUGUUACAAAUUUUGAAAAUGUCGCAUAUAGAAGGGACAUAACACUUUUUUUUUUUUUUACACCAACGUACACAAACAGAAGGUUAAAGGAAAUUAAAACAGACUGUUGUGACGUAAGACGAAGGAAGUCAUUUGUUCAGAAAAGACAGCAACGUGACCGUAAAACCGACAUUACAUUUUUUUUACGUCUGUGUGAAUUGUUUAGAUGUGAUGCACAUUUAAGAAAGUGAUUUGACGUGCUAAACAAGGCAGAAACACAUAGUUGAGUGACAGCUGCCAGGUGAUGUCACUCAUCUGGCCACGCCCCCUGCGUGUUUCUGUGUUAUUGUGUGUUUGUUUAUAAUUGCAGGUUUUCCCUGGUGAAGGAGGAAAUGUGGUGCAUUUGAGUCCCUUAUUUAUUAUUUAUUUCAUUUGACAUUUUUACAAACUCAUCCUCAUCCGGAACGCAGGUUUAUAAACAUUUGAAAAAAAAAAAAACAUGGCAUCCGGCGGAUUCAAGUCCAACGCAGCCACGGAUUUUCUGGAAGAAUGGAAGGCCAAGCGGGAGAAAAUGCGUGCAAAGAUGUUGGGGGAUAUCGCAGCGAUCACGAGCGCCAACGCGGUUACGACGAGCAGCAGCAGCGUCAGGGCACCGGAAACCCGAUCGGUACCAGACCUCAACAGCUCCAAUGGAAAUCCGGAGCGGAGCAGCUCCGUGCCUCAUACGGUGGCUCGAUCGGCUUCGUCUUCCGCCCUGAUCAGGAGAGCGGACGAGGAACCGCACGUGUACAUGGUCCCAGCUCAGGCGUCGACGCCGGUAGCGCGAGGACCCGAUGCCAAGAAAUCCACAGAGAAAUUGCCGGAGCCUGGAAGUGCUUCCCCGUGCCAGGACAGUGACCUCGAGAGUCCCAAAGGGAAGGAGAAGAAGAGUUCCGGUCCCAGUGCUCGCAAAGGGAAAGGUCAGAUUGAGAAGAGGAAGCUGCGUGAGAAGCGCCGGUCCACAGGAGUGGUCAGCAUCCCGUCCAAUGAGAGUUUGGACGAACUGGAUGAUGAUGAUGGAGAUAAGGGGAGGAAGAAUGAGGAAGAGCUCACACAGCACAACACUCUGCAAAACGAGUCCAUGACCUCUGACCUUGGAGCCGGACAUGCACAGGACACAACGAGGUCAAGCAGUGGCCGCCACAAAAGUGAGGAUGAUGUAGGAGGAAACAGACUUCGUCAGACUCAUGCUCGUCACGGCAACUCGGGACUGGAGAGGAGGAUUGAGGAGCUAGAGAAGGAGCUGGCUCUGGAGAGGCAGGAGAACGCUCAGCUGUUGAAGUCUCAUCAGGAUAAAGAUGAGCUGAUUGUUAAACUAAAGGAGGAAAUCGAUCUGUUAAACCGGGACCUGGAUGACAUUGAGGAUGAGAAUGAGCAGCUGAAGCAGGAGAAUAAAACUCUGCUGAAGGUCGUCGGUCAGCUGACCAGGUAGAAGCGUGAAGACCGAAACACCAUGAGAGAAAAAAAACAGGAAAGUCCUACGGAAAGUUCUAGAAAUGUCGUAUUUAAUGUAAAUGUCUGUGUACAUACGGAAAAUUUCGGAGGAUGAAUGUACGUUGCUAUGGCAUCACCUGUCCGUCGGCAUUUUCUAAUUUUUUUUUUUUUUUGAAGUGUUUAUUUUGGCUACGUCCCAAACGCUAGCUCAUGAUAGUUAUCAUUCUUGCUAAAACAUUAUCCAUUACCAAUAGUGCACAUUAUCAAACACUAGUACUUUGGAAUGCUUAACUCAUAUGCUAGCUGCUAAUUAGCCUUUAUCUACCUAAUGAAUAGUCUUCACUAGCGCAAAGUUUUUUUUUUUAACCAAACACUAGCGUUUUGUCAUGGUUUUUGUCAAAUCAUAUGCUAGCUGCUAACCUGUUACCUAGAUAAAAAAUAGGCUAAACCACCACAAAGUAUGCAGAUUAAACAUUUUUCUAUUAAAUACUAGUAUUUCUAAGUCAUAUGUUAGCUGCUAAUUGUCCUAAAACAUGGUUAGCGAAUAGGCUACACUACAACAAACUUAGCAGUUUUUAUUAAAUAUUAACAUUUUCAAGGCUUUUAGCUGAGUGUUGAUUUAUGUAGUGCACUCUUUCAUGUGCUAGCUGACAAUUAGUAUUUGUCUAGCUAAUGAAUUCAUAUUUGUUUUUGCUAGCAGUUUUCUGUCAAACACUAGUAUUUUGGAGUGCUAUCUCGUAUGCUAGCUGCUAAGUAGCCUAUAACCUAGCUAACACAAAGCCUAUUUUAGUACAAAGUAUGAUUUUUUUUUGCUAGCAGUCUACUAUCAAACACUAGCAUGUUGUAUAGAUGAAUAGACUACGCUAGCACAAAGUAGCCGUCCUCUAUCACUUCUAACACUAGCAUUUUGGAGGGUUGAUUUAUGUUUAACACUAAUGCCAAUAUGCCAGGUGUUAGCCUAUUAGCUGUUAAUUGGUGUACAAGUUUAUUUUUCUACAGAUUUCUUGAUCAAACACUAGCAUUGUGGAGUGUUUAGCUGAGUGUGUGGUGAUUAGCACUAAUCACUAUUUAGCUAAUCAGUUAAAAUCUAGCAAAUUGGCUAAUUAGCAGCUAGCAUAUGAGUUGAAGUUAUCACUAUGUUGUUAUUUUCUAUGUUUUUCCUGUCAAACGCUAGCAUUUUGGAUUCAUUAGCUGUAGAGUGCUAUAUAUGCUGUCCGUAUGCUAGCUGCUGAUUAGCCAGUUAGCUAGCUAGCUGAUGUUGUACUGAAUGUAAUAACAAUCCCUCUUAUUCUAACAGAAACUAGCAUUUUGGAACUUUAGCCGAGUGUUUAGAUAUAUCCUUAGCGCUAGACUUCUAUCAGCUAGCUGCUAAUUAGAUGACAAAGUUGUGAUGUGUUCCUUUGCUCAUUAGCCAGUUAGCUAUUAAAUACACUACAGUAGUGCAGAGUGAUUGUUUUCCUAGCACCUGUCAGAUCAAACACUGACGCAUAAAAUUAAGACAUUCUCUUUUCACUGAAUAUUAGCACUUCUGAUUCGGAGUAAAUCUGAUUGUUGAUUUAUUUAUAGCUCUAAUCCUGUAUGCUAGCUAUGAAUUAACAAUUUAUUUGGCUACUAACUAAGAAUUUUCAUUUCUUUUCUAACGGCUCUUAUAAACAUUAGCAUUUGCUAGCUGCUCACUAGCCAGUUAGCUAGCAAUUCGGAAUAUUGUAACAUUCAACUGAACAUUAUAAAGUUCUCAUUUUUCUAGCAAAUGCUAGCAUUUUGGAGUCGUUAGCUGAGUGUUGAUUUAUUUUCAGCGCUAGUCACAUUCACUAGCUGCUAGUUAUCCUGUUAGCUAGUUAUUAAAUUAGGUACAUUCUCUUUUCUAGCAACUUUUCUAUAAAAUAUUAAUAUUUAUUGAUAAUUUAUGUUUAGCACUAAUCUCAUGUUCUAGCUGCUAAUUAGUCAUUUUGGUGUUUGUUUUUCUAGCGACUCCUUUAUCAAACAUUAGCAUUUUGGAUUCUUUCACUGUGGAGUGACAUCACUUAUGCUAGCUGCUGACUAGCCACUUAGGUAGCUAGUGAAUGCUGUACAAUACAAAUGCUAGCAUUUUGGAGUCGUUAGCUGAGUGUCAAUUUAAUAUUAGCGCUUGUCACAUUCGUUAGCUGCUAGUUCUUCUAUCAGCUAGUUACUGAAUUGGCUAUGAUGAAGAAAAAGUUAUGAUUUUGACAGAUAACAUGCUAAUAUUUUGGAUUCUUUAAUAAUUUUUAUUAAUUUAUAUUUAGCACUAAUCUCGUAUGCUAGCUGCGCCAACUUUUCUAUCGAACACUAGCAUGUUGAUUUUGAGAGCUUUACGUUAGCUUGCUAGCUAGCUGUUUAUUAUCAAUUUAGCGGCUUUAAAGUUUGAAAAUGGAGUUUUUUUUUUUAUUUAUUUUUUUUUUUAUUUCUAUCUAAAACUAGCGUUUGGGACCAAAAUGAAAAGGAAACAGGAUUGUUUUUGCUGAAAUGCCUAGAAUUGCACGUUAUUUCUAUUUUUCGUUAUUUUAGAAUAUCAAUUCUAGUUGUUUGUAAUAAAAUUGUUGAAAAUUGUAACACUUUCAUCACUAUAUGAAAUCAUGUAUAACUGAUUUUUUUUCCCCCAUAUCCGUCAUAUAGAUUUUUUUUUUGUCGGUUGUGUUUUUCAGAUGUUUACAAGCUUUUUUUUUUUUUUUUUUGCAGUAUAUGGUUAGCUGUAGCUAUUUCUGAUAUCUCAGAUUUAUCAUCUAAACCAAAUCAAUUUCUGGUUAUAGAAAUAUUAUAAACAGCUGUUAUAUUUCUCCUUCACGCUUUUCUCGUGGCCGGGUUUCAUGUUCACGUAGCAGAACUAGCAGUGUGUGGCUUUUCAGGAGAGAAUUAUAACUUCAUUCUCUCUUUUCUUCCAUUCUUUGGCAUUAUGCAUGUACAGAAGAUGAAGUCAUUUAAUAAAGAUUCUGAUUAUCUCA